AUGGAAACAACCAUUGAAAAAAUGGUGCAAAAAUUAAUUAUUUGUGAUGAUUCUGUCGAAAUAUUAAAACAAUUGCUCGACAAUGAAACAAUUGAUUUAUCAAAAUUAAUAUAUUUGAUUUUUAAUGAUAUUUUUGAAAUAACAAAUGAAACAAAAAUUGAAUGUAUGGCACAAGUUAUUUCAGAAAUAUGUGUUAAAGAACAAAAUUUAAUAUAUAUAGCUGAUCAAAUUCGUUUACUUAAUGGUGAAAAUGAUGAAUUACAAUUAAAACGAAAAAAAUUUCUAAAAAAAAUUUUUUUUCAAAUAAAUAAUCAAAGAAAAAAGAUUAAUAAUGCUAAUCUUGAUAUACAAUUUAUGUGUGAUUGUAUUGAUUUAGCAGCAUCAAUUGUUUCAUAA